CAUGUUGGGCGGCGUGGAAGUCGAGCAGAUGGCGUCCGCUGCUGCAGUGGACGACACGAGCCCAGCAGCAGCCAAUGCAUUUCCCGCCAAAACUGAAGCUGUGCUUCCCGCCAAUUUCGCCCCAAUGCCCAACCACCAAGCGGCAACCGAAGCACCAACCGCGGCCGACUCGCACGUCGUCGUGUCUAUCGCAGAUGCCACUGUUGAUUAUCUGCUUGGUAGAGAAGCCUCGCAACAGCAGGAGCAGCAGCAGCAGCAGCCUCUUGUGAACCAGCCAGUCUCGAGCGAAAAUGGACUUCCUCUGCAAACUGCUGCUGCCGCCGCUCCUGCGAUCAAGUCUCCAACCAAGACCACCAAGUCUGGCCACAAGAAGCCGUCCCCGCGGGCCAAGGGGCAUACGCAGCCUCAGGAGGCAGCCUUCUCGCGAACGCCGCGCGCGGCUGCGAUCGUGGACCAGUCCAUCGCAGCCACUCAGCCAGCAGGCCAUCGCCCUUGCAGAGCCACGGUCAAUGCACGAGCGCCGCCAAAGUACAACUUUGAGGCGGACGAUGCGAAGGCCAACCUCGAGGAAGACGCUUGGGAUCGCACGAGUCUACGGGCCAGCGCAAAACCAGCAUCUGCAACAACUGUGAGUCGACGAGGGCGACCAAAAGUCACCAAGCCACCAAAUGCAUCGCCAGUAUCAGCAACAAAGCUCCCAGUCGUAGGGGUGAAUGGCGGACCGGCCCCAACUACCGCGGCAACAAAUGCAUCGCCGAGCCCGCGCCCUCUCCAAACGCUCACCCUCGACCAGAUCUCUGCUUCCAUGCGACAAGCAAUCCCUACAGCUCCCGUCAAGCAACCGUCUCCUUUUGCAAGUCCGUCUGGCGCUCCUAUGAAAACCGCUGUGCGAGAUUCGACAGCGCCUCGGCCAAUCCUCCCUCUUGUUUCGGCCAUCCCAUUGGUGGCGAGUGCUCCAUUACCUCUCGAAAUCCCGGAAUCGGUGCGUCUCCAGUCACUCCUGGCACAGGCACAGCAAGCGAGGCUGCCAGGCAUUGCCCAGCCCACCGUUUCUCAUUCGAGCUCGCUCCAAUCAUCCACCUUGCCUCAAGCUGCCUUGACUCAAUCGCCGUUUCCCCAGUCUGCUCUUCCUCGAGGUGGGAUGGCUGUCAACUCUUCCGCCUCGCCUUCUGUUGCGACACCAACUUUCCAGGCGGCUCCUCCCAAGCCGCGUGCGCCACAACGCCUAGAACGCAAGGACCGGAUUCAAAUCACUCUUUCCGACUUGAUCGACGCCGGCCUGCUCAAACCUGGCACGGUGCUCAGCUCCGGCAGUGCACAAUGUCUGCUCCAGGCCGAUUCGAGUGUUGUCAGUCAACCGGAAGGCAAGCCAUACGCAAGUGCGCAAGCCUGGCUCGCAACAGUGUACACAAAGGAGCAGCGACCCAGCAUGUGGUCUCGCGUGUCUGCCAAAGGCAUGGUCUUGAACAUUUAUCGAGAAAUGUACAUCAAACGAGCCGAGAGUGCCGGCCCGCAGGGAUCACGCAACAAAAGCCGGUCAAAUUCAUCGCUGCGAACCACGACCAGCAGUACGAUCACGCAAGGUAAUGGCGGUGCGGCCUCGUCGUCGAGCCAAACCGUGACGCCGCCUUCGGAUCAAGAACAAGCAGACGCUAUGCGAGUCCGCGGAAUCGAUCAAAACGGCAUGUGGGUGACCGUGACUGAUUUGGGUGAAGCGCUACUGGCCCUCCCGCUCUGUCGCGGCUGUGGCACUCGCGGUACUGACGAGGAGACCUCCGGCAUGCACUGGUGCAACCAGUGUUGCCAGCCCUACCACGAUUUUUGCGUCAAGUCCUCGUUUGGAGAUGCUUAUGAGAGUACGCUGAAAGAGAUUGCCCAAGGUUCGUGGAAGUGCUGGGACUGCAUUGUCUGCACCACAUGCAAUUCGUCCUUCCCCGAAGAGACGUUGGUUGUGUGUGACAACUGUGCUGUUGGUCGACAUCUGGGCUGCAUGGACAUUCCAUUGGCCGAGGUCCCGUCUGGACGAUGGCUUUGUUCGCAAUGCGUCAAAUGCGACUCGUGCGGGGCUCAAACACCUCGUGGCAUGGGCAAGACGCGGCUGCCGUCGUCCUUUCCGUCCUCCCAGCCGUGUGAGUGGAUGUUUGACUACUCGCUGUGUCAGCCCUGCGGCUUGCUGAAAGCUCGAGGCAAUUAUUGUCGCGUCUGCGAGAAAGUCUACGAGGACGACGACUACGACACCCCAAUGAUCAGCUGUGAGCAAUGUAGCAUGUGGCUUCACACGCACUGUGUCGGCAUGGACGAAGAGACGUACGAGAUGUACUCCAACGACGAGAACCUGGCAUUCACCUGUCCCAGCUGCGUGCACAGUCUUUCCGGCAAGGGCUCCACCGCUUCCACGGACGCCGAUGCCCUCGCCCCUCGCGCAGCCUUCAUUUCUGCCAACGACUCGACCAGCAUGAUUUUUGGACUCGAGUCUAAUGCUGAAUUUGAAGGAUUUGACAAGGAUUCCGAAAUCGAAGAGGUCUAUAGCCGGUUGCGCAGCUUGUAUGCUGUGAUUACCAAAACAUCCGCAGCAACUCCAUUCCUGCACUUGCCCAGUCGCAGCUCGCUCCCUGACUACUACAAGAGCAUCAAGACUCCAAUGUCGCUUGAAAUUGUGCGGUUGCGCAUUGAGCGUUACAUUUAUGUCAUCUCGACUGAAAUGCUGGAGGACGUUACUCAAAUUGUCAUCAACGCCCUCCGAUACUAUGGCCCUAAAAGUCCCGAAGCUGGCCAGGCGCUUGAAAUUCGAAGGAACUUCCUUGGCAAAUUCCAGAAGCUGUUUGUCGCCAGCAGACCCAUCACAGUCGAAGAGCUCAUUCGCAGGUCCAUGGAGAAGCAGCCAAUUGGAGCGCCUUCUCUUGCGUCCAAGGCACCAAAGGUCACCCCCUCUCCCAAGGCGUCUUCUACCACUCCCAAGGCACCCAAACGACAACCUGAAACUGCCACGACACCAGCACGGGUUACGCGUUCCUCCCGCUCUGGGCAAAAAAGCUCUCAAGAAGUCGAUGCUGGCUCCAAUGCGGCCGUGGAACCAAGCAGUACUGGCGAGGAACCCAGCAAUGACGCAACUCCAAUGGACAUUGACGAGACCCCGAACACAGCUGCUCCGACGCCUGCUGACACAGUCGCUCCUGCGCCUGCUGAGGAAGCCAUUUUGGACGCCGAGUCAACAAUGGUCCAGGACGCACCAAAUUCCUCGACGGCAGCCACGGUAGCCACCACAACUCACCCCAUGGACGAAGAAGCGCCCCUCGAGUUUCUUGUUCUUGACACUUUCGAUCCAGACGUUGAUACACGAAUCUUCAUCACUCCUGCUCAUCCCACUGAUUUUAAUGACAGCAUGCCGACGGCUGUUGAAGAUCCCCGCCACUGUUCUCUAUGUUCUGUUGCUGGCGAUUCGCCCCCAGAAGAAUCUGGACGACUCUUGUCCGUGGGCGACCUGGGGUGGGCUCAUCUCAACUGCGCCAUUUGGUCGUCGGAAGUCUCGUGUCUGGACGAUGGGCAUUUGGACGGCGUGACUGCUGCACUGAGCCGGUCUCGCGCAAUGAAAUGCCAUCACUGCGGCAAAACAGGUGCUACCAUUGGCUGUGCAAAGCCGCGAUGCCAGCUGAAUUACCACUUCCCCUGCGCUCGACACGCUCGUGGUUGCGUGUUGCUGACCUCAAAAACGCUGCUUUGUCCCAACCACUGUGGCACCAUGCCGCCAAAUCCUUCUCCAGGAACGCACUCGUCGCACGCUCCGUUGGACAUGCUGGCAGCUGGCGAAAGCGGAAAACAGACCGACCGUCCAGUCACCACCUUUAGCAUUCCCUUGCAGUGCGUCUCUUUACUGACUGACGCAGUGGCUUCGCGUACGCUUCAAAAAGACGUCCGCGCCGUCGUUGAUAUGAGUACCGCACUUGCCGAGUGCCAUUCAGACUUGAGUGACAAACUGGAGGAAACGCUUCGAGACGAGCUCCUCGACCGGCUCAGCAGCCCACACAGCCACGAAGCAGCCGACCAGUUUGGCCAAGACUUGACUGAGGCAGUCCAGGUGGGCAGGGCAGAAUCCGCGACCUGGCCCUCUCGACGGAACUUUUGGAACCAGAUUCCUGCCUCGCAGCGGUCAGUUGCCCGAAGCGGCACCUUGAAUGUCCGCAGCUUUGGCACCAUUUCUGUCGCCUCAAUGAGGUUCAGUCCUCCAACCAGCCUCUACUGUCCUGGAUUUGUCUCGACGCGCCUCUUCUUCCACCCGUUUGAGGUCUCCAGGGCGCUCUACCUUUGCGAGAUUGUCGAAACGGUUGUUGUGCAUCGCGAAGGCUUGGCGCAUGCCCACCAACAGCAACCCAUCUCGUCUCCGAAUCCAGUUGUUUCUCCAUCGCUCGUGUUUCGCGUCACUUGCAUCACGACUCGCACCAUUCACGAAGGGAGAGACCCAGAAUCCGCAUGGGGCCCAUACCUCUGUGCCAUCGAACGAAUGCGACCGCACUUCAAGAUACGGCCAGACACUGGCCACAGUUUGUUCGGAUUGACAUUUGGCUACGUCAUUGAGCGUUUGGAAGCUCUUCCCGAUGCUCAUUUGUGUGGCGACGCAGUGAGUCGACUGAAAAGCUCGACAAGCGGGCUGGCCGCGUACCAGCUCGACUGGCCUUGCUACUCGUUCCGCAUGAGCAGUCCAGCCCCUCCUCCGCGCACCGCCUCGUUGCUCAACAUGAUUCCAGAGCGCCACUUACUGCCCAAGAAUGUCGAGCGUCUGUGCGCUCAUGCGUCACGCUGCGCCGUGUACACGGAGCCCAUUCAACGGGAUCGCUUCCACUUUAUGGUCCCUCCAGUGGAGCGGAAGGCAUCCGCCACCAAGCCAGGCUCGCUCUUGGUGCGUAGCAUGGCCACGCUAGACCCUUCGCUGGCCAGCGUCAGCGUGGGAGCAAAACCGCGAGCGCCAACGAUUCGGCGCAGCGCUGUUCGCACUGGCGGCGACUCCCAGACCGGCUCGUCGGUAUCCGCAGCGUUGAAUGCGGCGGGCGUGGCUGCCGCAGCCGCUGCCGCUGCGCAGGAGGCCAGUCUGGAUCCGGAGGCCACCCAAAGCAUCCAAAUGCCAAUGGCCAUGCAGUACCGCGUUCUCAGAGACAAUUACCGCACCUAUAGUGUGGUCCGGCGCUCUCCGAUCCACGGCUGCGGGCUGUAUGCCGCUCGUCGGCUUGAAAAGGACAGCAUGGUGGUCGAGUACAUGGGCGAACGCAUUCGCGACAUUCUGACCGACUAUCGCGAGCGCAUGUACGAUGCGCGUGGCAUUGGCUGCUACAUGUUCCGCAUCGAUGAUGACUACAUUAUCGACGCCACGAUGAAAGCCAACCAAGCGCGCUUCAUGAACCAUUCAUGCGAGCCCAAUUGCUACACGCGAAUUGUCAAUCCGGACGGCGUCAAACGCAUCAUUUACUUUGCGUCUCGCGUCGUGCUGGAAGGCGAAGAGCUCACCGUUGACUACAAGAUGCCCAUUGAGGAUGUCAAGAUUCCGUGCUACUGCGGGACGCGCUCUUGCCGAGGCAGCAUGAACUAGCGGCACUCAUCCGACAUUCAUUUUUUUCACACUCAAUACAAACCAAUCGUUCUCUAC